AUGGGAUCAAGUUCAGCUCAGCCUGUUUGCAGUGUCACCUCAGAUGCAUUGUCCAAGACCACCAACAACACUCUGCCCUCAGGUAUUGGAAUCCAGUUGACAGGAAAGACUACAUCUAUCGGGCAGACAAUUGGUGCACUGUCACAUUCUCCUUCAUUGACCAUGCCAGUGUCCAUAAAAGGAACCAGCUAUUCAACAGCUGCCACCACCACUGGGCUGGUCCCAUACACAACUGUAAUAACUGCCACAAGCUGUUCAACCCAGCUUGAUUCUCACAGCUCUCUUACCACCAGCUCUCCACUCCAUGGUACACCCUUGGUUUCUGUUAUCUCUCAGACAAGCUGUUCUAAGUCUACUGCUCUCACAUCACUUACAGGAAAUAAGAACAAGAAGGACUUUGGUAUACUUGCAGGUACCUCGUCCAACAGCUUUCCUGCUGAAGUAGCCAUUGCUACUGUGGGUAGCUCAGCCCAAAUGCAAAUUCCUGUUCCUAACACAAAGUCCCUAUAUUUUAAAAGCAGUGUUCAUGAGGAGAAUACUUCUUUAUUAUCUUCUCAACUUGCCAGUAAUAAAACUCAAACCACCUUCUCUACACCAUCCAACUACGCUCCAGUCACCACCUCCACUGCUGGCACAGUUCAGCAGAGGAUAAUCCUCAACACCUCUACGCAACUUACUGCUGGCACACAGAUCUUCCUGAACAAUUCACGCUUUGUAGUCCCUCCCCAGGGUUUGGGUCCAGGCAGUCAUGUCCUUUUCAUCUCUAACCCUGCACCACAAGUGCCUACCACCACUCCUGUUAGCACUAGAUCACCAUUAGCUCCCAAAGAUGCAAGUCCUGUCAAUGUUAUACCUCGAGCAUCAGUUUUAUCCCAGUCUACAGCUAGGCUGCCUAGUGUGCCAGCUGUAAGUUCUCCUUUUGUAGCAUGUGCACCUGCUGUUUGUCCAUCUUUGAUGGGAAGCACUUCACAUGCCAUGCCAUUCAGACUUACAGGAACACCUGGCUUAGGCUCAACACUGAUACCCAGCAAAACAAAUGUAUCAGCUCUUCCUAGGUUUCCAUUUGGUCAUACAGGUAACUUUGGAUUAUCUCCUGUUUGUACACCCACUUUGGUCUCUUCCUCACCAAGGUUGGACAGUGUACCAUCCAUAGUUUCCCCAGUAAAAACUAGUGCCCCUGCUUUUGUUUCAGCACCAGCUACAAUCAGGAUAGGUGCUGGUACUGUUACACAAGCUAAAUCUGCAUCCACCUUAUCAUCUGCAACAUCAACUGCCUUGCCCAAAUUGUCAGGAUCUUUAUCAUCUUUACCUGUAUUACCCAGCUUGUCAACAGGUGCCUUGUGUAGCCCUGUCAUACCAGUUUCUGUACCCCACUCUUCAGCUGCAGCUUCAAAAGUAACAGACACACCAGCUUUGCAUAAUUAUCUUCCCGGCCAGCAGAUGCUUGCAGUGACUACUACUGAAUCUUCAAUACAGCCAAAGCAGACAAAAGUUAAAGUCGCCAAACUCUCAACUGUUUAUCCACAGGGUUCAGAGCAAACUGGACUGGAAAACACUUCACACAAAGAGCAAAUGCCAGUUAUGCAAGCAGUGCUUUCUGGUACAAGGACACAGGUACUGCCAACAAUGGCUGUACCACCAAUCACAAGUGCAGCAUCCAGGAUGCAAGCACUAUCCAAUGCUACUGUUCCACAUGUUGGAAGCACUGUCGGCACCUUUGAAGUGGCACCUGCAAUACCAAGUUCAGCUCAAGCAAUUGCAUCUGAAACUCAAAAAAACAUCAUCAACCCACCUGUCAUACUGACUAAUACAGUGCUUAGAAAUGACUUUGUGCAGACCUCAGCCUUGGAUAUGGAUGCCAGUGUACUAUCCAAGCUGCUCAUUAGUCCUGAUGGUGCUGUUUUGAACACUGAUCAGUGCCAGGUUAAUUCAGCAGAGCUGACUGACUGCCCCAGUCCUCUUAAUGCACUGGUGGUUUCCUCCAAUGGUUCGAGUGGAGCCCUACAAACACACGAUUCCACUUUACACUCUCCUUAAGUAGACGGACCCACCAGAACAGCACUGAUCCCCGCUAUGAAAGUCCAGAUACAGUUUUCCACUUGCCUAAUUUUGACAGGACUCAUAUUGCAUCCAGUAAUUGCUAUACAUGUAUUUUGAUUCUUUUACAUUUUGGACAGAUUUUAACCUCUGGUUU